AUGAAGUUGAAAAUCGCCUGCUUGCAGCUCAACCCCGCCAUCCACCAGGUCGAGGCCAACGUGGCCAAAGUCCGCACGCUUCUCGCCUCCGUCAAGGAUGCCCUUGACAUCGUGGUGCUUCCGGAGCUCGCCAUCACUGGCUACAACUUCCAGUCGCGUAAGGCCAUCGAGCCUUACCUCGAGCAGGGCGACACGGGCCGUUCGGUGGCGUUGGCCCAGGAGAUUGCUCGUCUGCGUAACUGCUUUGCUGUCAUUGGAUAUCCUGAAUUGCACCAGUCCACCAUCUACAACCUGGCGGUGGUAGUGGGGCCGCAUGGGCAGGUGGUGCAUCGUUACCGCAAGACGUUUCUCUAUGAGGCAGACGAGCGCUGGGGCUGUAGCGAGAAUCCGCAGCGAGACUUUGCGGCGUUCGACCUCGUACUUGACCGGGACUAUUAUAGGGAGACCCAGGGAGGGAGUGGGACUGCGAGCAGUGAAGGGACUGGGAAUGCGAGCAGUGAAGGGACUGGGAAUGCGAGCAGUGAAGGGAGCAGUUUACCGACUAGUGAUGGGUUAAAGAGUGGACUGUCCCAGGGUGAGCUGUCCCAGAGUGAACUGUCCCACUUGUCCCACACUAGUAAUUCGCAGGCCUCCCACACUAGUGACGUCUUUCCUCUGGCCUCGUCCCGCACCUCGGUGCGCGUCAACUUGGGCAUCUGUAUGGACUUGAACCCCUACAAGUUCGAAGCGCCGUUUAACGCCUUCGAGUUCGCCAUGCGCUGCUACGACCAGCAGGCGCGCUUGGUGCUCUGCCCAAUGGCCUGGCUCCUGCCCCAUUCCCCCUCCAUCGACUCCAAGCAUGGCUGGUCUGCCUCCGAAAAACUCCGCCAGGGAAAUGCAUUUGCCCUCCGCCACUUUAGUGCUUCGCCCCGCUACGAGAUCAACACUGGCAACUCCCCUCCUCCCUCUGCAUCUCCCGCCAGCACUGCAGGUGACUCUCCAUUCACUCCCGCAGUGCCCUGCACCUCAACGGUGGACUACUGGAUUCUCAGGUUUUUUCCGUUUUUGAACCACCCGCACUCGCUCCCUAAAGCCUUCCGCUCCGUCACAGUGGUAACCUGCAAUCGGUCAGGGGUCGAGCACGACGUGGUGUACGGGGGCUCGUCGUCGAUCUUCCAGUUCGACGGCACUGCUCCCUCGUCUACCGCCAUUGACUCCUCCAACCCCAGCGUAUCGGUGCUUGGGUCCUUGGGCCAGGGUCUGGAAGGCAUCCUCGUGCGGGAGGUGGAUGUGGAGGUUACCCUGGGGUGA